GGGCGCGCGGGGAGCGGGGAGCCGUCGGCGGCCGCUCGCUGCGGAGACGCCCCGGUGGAUGUGCUCUCGCCGCCCAGCGCAGGGCGUAGGGGAGCCUCGGCGGCGGCGGCGGCGAAGGCGCGGGGGGCGAGGCGGCCCGCCCGUGGCCGGGGAAGGAAGCCCGGGCGUCUGAGCGAGGCCGGGCGCGGCGGCCUUCCCUCGCGCGCCCCCCACCCCCGAACCAGCGCCCGCGGCCGCCUCCCGUGCCUGCCUCGCUCCAGCCGGCGUCCCAGCCGUCGCUCCUGCCGCACCCCCCCCGGCCCUGGCCGCGGCCCCCCGCGGCGGUUCCCGGAGCUCGUCCCGGACGCGCGCCCGGGCGGCGGGGUCUCGGCGGCCACCGCUGCCUCGGGGGAGCGAGGGCGGGAGGGUGUGUGUGCGCGCGUGUGAGCAGGGGGUGCCGGCGGGGCUGCAGCGGAGGCACUUGGAAGAAUGACUCUGGAGUCCAUCAUGGCGUGCUGCCUGAGCGAGGAGGCCAAGGAAGCCCGGCGGAUCAACGACGAGAUCGAGCGGCAGCUCCGCAGGGACAAGCGGGACGCCCGCCGGGAGCUCAAGCUGCUGCUGCUCGGGACUGGAGAGAGUGGCAAGAGUACGUUCAUCAAGCAGAUGAGAAUCAUCCACGGGUCGGGAUACUCUGAUGAAGACAAAAGGGGCUUCACCAAGCUGGUGUAUCAGAACAUCUUCACGGCCAUGCAGGCUAUGAUCAGAGCCAUGGACACGCUCAAGAUCCCCUACAAGUACGAGCACAAUAAGGCUCAUGCACAAUUAGUUCGAGAAGUUGAUGUGGAGAAGGUGUCUGCUUUUGAGAAUCCCUACGUAGAUGCAAUAAAGAGUUUAUGGAAUGAUCCUGGAAUCCAGGAAUGCUAUGAUAGACGACGAGAAUAUCAAUUAUCCGACUCUACCAAAUACUAUCUUAAUGACUUGGACCGUGUUGCCGACCCUGCCUACCUGCCUACGCAACAAGAUGUGCUUAGAGUUCGAGUCCCCACCACAGGGAUCAUCGAAUACCCCUUUGACUUACAAAGUGUCAUUUUCAGAAUGGUCGAUGUAGGGGGCCAAAGGUCAGAGAGAAGAAAAUGGAUACACUGCUUUGAAAAUGUCACCUCUAUCAUGUUUCUAGUAGCGCUUAGUGAAUAUGAUCAAGUUCUCGUGGAAUCCGACAAUGAGAACCGAAUGGAGGAAAGCAAAGCCCUCUUUAGAACAAUUAUCACAUACCCCUGGUUCCAGAACUCCUCAGUUAUUCUGUUCUUAAACAAGAAAGAUCUUCUAGAGGAGAAAAUUAUGUAUUCCCACCUAGUUGACUACUUCCCGGAAUAUGAUGGACCCCAGAGAGAUGCCCAGGCAGCUCGAGAAUUCAUCCUGAAGAUGUUCGUGGACCUGAACCCAGACAGUGACAAAAUCAUCUACUCCCACUUCACGUGCGCCACAGACACCGAGAACAUCCGCUUUGUCUUUGCUGCCGUCAAGGACACCAUCCUCCAGUUGAACCUGAAGGAGUACAAUCUGGUCUAAUUGUGCCUCCUCGACACCGCCCUUCCCUUCCUUGGUGGGCUCUCGAAGCUGUACAAGAGGGACUGUAUUUCUGUGGAAAGCAAUUUGCAUAAUACUAAUUUAUUGCCGUCCUGGACUCUGUGUGAGCGUGUCCACAGAGUUUAUAGUAAAUAUUAUGAUUUUAUUUAACUAUUCAGAGGAAAAACAGAAUGCUGAAGUACAGUCCCAGCACAUUUCCUCUCUAUCUUUUUUUUAGGCAAAACCUCGUGACUCAAUGUAUUUUAAAUUCUCAGUCAUGCACUCACAAAGAUAAGAGCUGAUUCGUUGUUUCCCUCUCUCCCUCUCUGUCCCUCUCUGUCCCCCUCUCUCCCCCUCUCCCCGCCUCUUUCCUCUCCUGUCCCCCCCCCCCUUUCUCCUAUUGAGCAAAAUGAAGCUGAUUUCCUAUUUCCUAACCCAUACCUCCCUCCUGAGUUUUCCCAGGUUACAAUGGCCUUUAUCCUAGUUCCAUCCUUGGUCAGGUUUUUCUCUCGAAUGAAACAGUUCAGGAUGACAUCAUUCGAUUUAAGCCAUCAACAUCAGCUUAGUUGAACAGUUUGUAGUUUUUGCUGAAGGGUUAUAAGUAUUAAUACUAUGGUUUUAAAUGUAUUGUUCUGGAUACACAUAUAGAGGUUUUUAUAUAAGUAUAUUGUCUUGCCUCACUUUGGCCUGGAUGCCUGUCUAACAGUUAAGUGUCAUUCCUUUUGGAUUUCUGCCUUCAGCCAUAGCGUGGCUGCUCAGAGAGUUGUGCAGACGUCAGUGAGGCGAGGGCAGAGACGCGCGGAAGGAGUCCUUUCUUUUGAAAUACCAUGUGCCAUCAUCCUUCCUCCCUUCCUUGCUUUUUAUUUUUCCACCCUCUCUUCUUUAAAUCGCAGAUGCCAAAAAAAAAGAAGAAAAAAAAAGCCAACAGACACUACAUUACCCCAGUGGCUGCUACCCAGGGCCUUUUCAUAGGUUGCUCUUAAUUUUUUUCCCCCCUGGUUAGGAUUUUUCCUCCUUUUUUUUUUUUU